AUGGAGGGUGCCUUAGGGACGCAGAAUAUCUCUUCCCCUUCUAUUACUCUCCCCCAUGCCCACCACUUUGUACCUCUCAAACUCACACCCAAAAAUUAUUUAUCUUGGCGCAAGCAGAUCGUCGCCUAUCUUAAGGGUAAGGGUCAACGGUUAUUCUCCUUUCUUGAUGGUUCCCAUCCGUGCCCAGAUGAUGCCGAUGCAGCUGCCCAAUGGUCUGCUCAAGAUUCCGCUAUCACCAGUCUUCUUCUUGCUUCUCUAUCCGAUGAAGUUCACUCUUUAGUUCUUGAUAAAGAAACCAGUUUCGACAUCUGGACUGCCCUUCAGGAUGCCUACGGUUUGGCCUCAAUGACUCGUCUCAUGUCUCUCAACAUGAGUCUUCAAAAUUUGCAGCAAGACCCUGAUGAAUCGAAUUCGGCUUACCUGCAACAUGCUAAACUCAUUACCGAUGAACUUGCUGCUGCUAGCAAACCUCUUACCCCUGCAGAUUUCAACAUUUAUGUUCUUCGUUCUCUACGCUCCGAUUUACAUGACAUGGUCUCUCCUAUCCUUAAUCGCUUGGACCCUCCAUCAUAUGCUGACCUAAGUAGACUCCUCUUGAGUCAUGAGAGAAUCAAGGCUUUCCAGAAGCUUCGUUUAACUGAAGCCCCCAUCACUGGAUCUCAAUCUCCUUCGGCCAACACUGUUCAACGGACCGAUCAAGUCAACCCCUCUUCAAGUCGUGGUUAA